AUGGCAUCACCCAACGGACAAUUUAAUUUAGAUCCCGCGCCAACUGAAAGAGAGUCCUUCACUCUCACAACAUGUGAGGAGGAACAGAGCAAAGAAUCUGUGCGGGCCACCAAAAAACCCGACAGCCCUGAUAAAUCACCUCCUAAGAGUGACAAACCAUCUGUGUUUAGAAGUAAGAAAACUUGGAAGGAAUUGCGACAGAGAGAGCCAUCUAUGGAGUCUUCUCACACGAAGUUCUAUAAGAAAGAUAGGAUUGACAAGGAAUAUAAGCAGGUGACGAGGAAGCAGUAUCUGAGCAUCUCGGAUUCGAUGUCCGGGUCAUCAGAUACCUUCCAGUGUCUGCAUGGCCCAGAAGGAAAAGAAUACACAGAAAAGGGACUACUGAAGAGGAAUAUCGUUAAGAAUUUAGAUCCUAUUCGUCUUGAUCCGAAAUGGCGCGAAGAAUGUCCCUCAACCUUCAAAUGGGAGAUGGCGGAGAAACUGGCCUACAUGGUGCAGAGUCCGACUGUAGUUGUUCAGAUGGAGCGCUUAAAGUCACAUCUCAGAGACUUCGCCAAGACCAGCAGUGAGGGAUAUCGAGUUGAUACACUGAAGAGUUUCUGCAUCAUAAUAGACUACCUGAUGGAAGAAGGAUACCAUAAUCCCACACUAAAAGAGGAACGCACCAUGCUGCUCGAGAAUUUGAAGAAACCCAUCAUACUCACAGCUUCAGCUGAUGUUUGGAAGUAUUUCGAAAUGAUCAUGGAUUUUUUGGGGUACAUUGGUUACCUCCUAAUAAAGAUCGAAGACGACAAACUCUUCGACGUGGUCUCCAAGGCGAUUAUAUGGCACUUAUCUGCCCCGGACGAUAUCCGGGGGCCCGGGACGGUAGCCCUGCGAUAUUCCCUGCUAGCGGGGGCCCCGGUGCUACGGGAGACCACGGUCAGAAUGCUUGCCGUGGCUUCGUCGCAUAGAUUCCCGACCUUCUUAGAGAUUGCUCUGUUGCUGGCCUGUGAUACUGUGGAGAACUGCAUAGAAAUGAUGAAAGAGAAUAUAAUAGAAAACAUUUUCUAUCGGUUCAAUCCUUACUUUCCUGAAAAGGAUCUACCAAAUUACGAUAUUAAUCCCUGGGAUUGUCAGGACCCUAACCUUAAAUUGGGAGACAGCAGUGUCAACAUGACGACGACCCUGUCACUUCUACUAGUUCUCGUGAAAACUACCAAACAAUAUCUGGAUGAAAAUCCUAGCUUUAGAAAGGUGUUGCCUUAUCCUGAUUGUUAUGCUCAAAGGUGUUUCAUAUGGGCGUACCGUUACGAAUGUCGCACGCGGGAACAUCGCCACGAGCGAACUACGCUGACAGUCAUAGCGGCUGUGCUGACCAAGUGCUUCGGAGAUAAACUGCGGUUGUUCUCUUCUAUUUUGAUGCCAGAUGUGAUGUCACUAUCGGUCCUGACGGAGCUACCUCCGAGAGACGACUGGACAGCGACCAUCAACUUCAACACCUUCCAACAAGAUGUCCAGUUCAAGAAAGUACUCAUUUACUUCGUUGUUGAUCUGCUUAAAGCGUUCCCUUAUAAUAAAUUCAUGGUAGUAUCCCAGCACUGGUUGCUAGGCAUCAUGUACUUGCUAGACCCUGGACUCUGCAGCCUCAGGUCGCGGUGGUCUCCGCCACUGUUCGCUGAGUUGCGCAAAACUGCUCUACAAGCCCUGGUCUGUACCAUACCGUUGUGUGAUCGAAAGUUGGUUAAGCAGUAUGGAUUGAUUAGAAGGUUAAUGUGGUACAUCGAAUGGUAUUCAGAGAAACCGUACGAGCUCCCCGUAUUGUACUGGUGCGUGCGUCUACUGCAGGUAGCCACGCUGCACAGCCGCGACCCUGAGAGACGGGUCGUCAUGCAGGACCUCUUCAAUACGCAUGGCAUUAUUAUAUUGAUACAUCUCUGUUACACCCUCAUGGAACAGAAACUCCCCCCAGUAGAAAGAAGUCAGGCUGUCAUAGCACUUGCCUUACGUUUACUAACCAGCGGAGUUAUAGCUAAUAAGAAAGUUUCUUGCUGCGUGUAUCCAAAUAUCAAGUGGCCUAAAUCUGCGAAUGCUUUAGCUAAGAAGAUGUUGGAAGUCGUGCUGUAUUCGCUGGAUAAGCAUUUUAUAGUGAGUGAUAGGUGGUUAAUCUCGCUCUUAAACUUCAUUUGGGAGGCAAUCGUCUGGAGGCCGGAGUACCGAGCGCAGUUCGUUGCUAACGAUGGUAUUUACAAACUGCUGGACAUGAUAACGAUGACGCGCCCCCCAGUCCAGUGUAUCGCACUAGCGCUGGUCUGCGACAUCACCCGUGCCGGUGAUGCGGUCGGUCAGCUUGUGUCAUGGCGGGCUCAUCUUGGUGCCUCCAAUGCGAAUCCUACUGUGGUGAAGCGUGGUGCUACUAUAGCCAGCCUUUUAGCCGCUGUCUUCCGCGAGAGCUGUCGGUCCUCAGGAGUGAAAUUGAACGAGUAUGGAGUCAUACAAGACUUGGAAUGUCCCAUCGUGUCGCUGGAAGCCCGAAACGCCGUCGGUAAGAUAGACGAACUGGCGCGCUCUCACUCCACACCCGAGUGUCCUGCAGCGGCUGAUAUGGCUGGCUCUUGUAUGCCUAAGGCUUUUGCAAUAUUACACAUGCUGUCUGAGGAUUUGGAACACAGAGUUGCUCUGGCCGACGAGGCGUAUAAUCUGUAUGAGAACAUUAAAUUGGCUAUGGAAGACGAGGUGAUUUUGGUGCUCGUCUCCCACUAUCUUACGUUGAAACUAGCCGAAGUUUGGCGGGAGACCAAACUCCAGAGCGUUGAAAUAUUUGCCAAGGAUGACAUACUUCUCGACGACUUUUUAGCUGUUGGCAGAGGUUGGGCCAAAGAAAUAAAACGACAGCAAGAAGAUGUCUUCGCGCGUGAUAAGAAAAAGGAACGCGAAGAAGAAUGUUCUCUCUACUCGUUCCUCGGCCGUAUUCGGCUGAAUAUAGCUCUCGACGCGUUACGCGCCGUGCGUUGCGUGUCGCGUUCUACGGACCGACACCGCGUGACGCACGCCUUGAUACACGACGCAGUGUUCGCUCAUCAUCGGCGAAGCGUGUUCGCGAAGAAAACGAAUACUUCGCUAUUGAGGACUUUUAACCCGCCUUUGGAUGAUCAGAAUAUAACUGGACAGAACGUGAAGAUAAGAAGCAUACACCCUCCGAACGUUCCGAAAGCUCUCGUCCACGGCUCUUCAACUGGAUCACAGGCUAGCGAAUAGACCGUCUAUUGAAUAAUAGACCAGUCUUUCUGAUGCAACAGUUUUUCUAAGGGAGUGCUAAUUGAUAUUGUUUUAUUUUAUUAUCACGCUUUUAUAGGUUGACCUGUAAUGUAACUGUGUAAUGGAAUCUAAGGUAGGUAACCAAUUUAAGCAUCUCACGAGGAUCGUAGCGUCUAGAAAAUUGGCAGCUGUAUGUAGUUCCGAUGAUAAAACUAUGCUACGGUACUGUCGAACUGAUCUGAUGAUGGACUGGAACUUCGUGAACGAAUAUCGUAUCAUAGCUGUGUUUGGGCUUAUUGUAAAAGUCUUGCAAUGAACUUUGACCACGAUUAGCAUGCUAAAAGCGUGUUUUUCUAGUGUUUUACAAACUAUUUAACAUUUAUUAAUUAGAGAUUGGCACGUUUUCUACCAUACUUCUAUGUUUGAUGUAAUAGAACAUUAUUUCCAGUUAUGACAUUUUUCGGACAACAUCCAUCUUUGCUAGAGCCGUUCCUGUAUAAUUUAAGUUUUUGAAGGAAAGCGAAAUAUUCUAGACUUGACAAGAGGUGAUGAGUGUGUGAGUGUGUAUAUUAGGACAUUUCUGUCAUUUGUUUGAUAAUAUUUAUUUUACUUGUGAGAGAUUAAGCAAUAAUUAUGUAAUGCUUGUAAAAUUCGUUUGACGACGAACGAAAUAAAACGUUUUUCUUUGUAAAACAUCUGUAUUUUAUUUCAGAAGCCGUUAAUGACAAUGUGUGAACAUUUAGUUACAAACGUAAUUAAAUGAAGCUUGUUUUAUGCAACAAAACAUAGAAAUGGUGUUUGCAACACUGAUUUAAUUAUAAUGAGAAUGACACAACUUAUCUAAUAGGUAUACAAACCGCUACAGGUGGUACAUAAAGUUUCAAGAUUUUUACAUUAAAUACCUACCUACUAUAGGCCAGUAUUGUAGAACGAUACAAGGAUAGAUAUUGCCAUAAAGUACUUCUAAAUAUAUUUUAAACAUCAUGUUUAAAGGAUUCAAAACGUAUUGAAUCCUUUUUUUAUGGCAAUCUGCCGCAAUUAACGGCAAUUUCUGCCAGACUCGCGUAGUUAGUAGCGACACAUGGUUAAUGUAGAAAAUAAUUUCAGCUUUUCUGGUAGAAGAUAUCGAGCCUGCAACAAAGUGCAUACACUAUUUUGAGUUCUUACCGU